CGGAUUUUAAAGGGGCACUUUCAAAUGAUGUUAUUUAUUUUCCAACAUCCUGUAACAAUGCUUCGAAUUCACUUAUCCAUCGUAUAUGUAUAAAUAUACCGCGUAGACUAUAAUUUAAAAAUCAAGGGUCGUGCGUUAAAAACGUAGUUAAUCGCGAACUCUCGGACGGAGCACUUGGACACCUGAUUUCAAAAUGUUUAAUUCUCUUAAGUCCACAAAAAGGAGUUUUUUAUGCUUAAGGCACAUAACCACUGACACUAAUUUAGUUAUAACAACACCAGCAAGUAAACCAUUCAAAGAUGUACCCGGUCCGAGGGCACUGCCGUUCGUUGGACAGUUGUACCAUUUUCUACCAGGAGGUUUACUUCACAAUCUUAGAGGUUUUGAUUUACAUAACUUUCUAUACGAGAAAUAUGGACCUGUUGUUAAAAUGAAAGGACAUUUUGGUGCAAAAGACUCAAUUUUACUGUUUGAUCCAGAAGUCGCGAUACAGAUAUAUCGAUCAGAAAAUACAAUGCCUAUACGAAUAGGUUUUUUUGCGGCACAACAUUAUAAACAUGUAAUUAAAAAGGAAAAGGGCGAAGAGAGAACAUACAGCGGACUUAUUUUUGACCACGAGGAAAAGUGGAGAGAGAUAAGAACACUAGUCAAUCCAGUUAUGAUGCAAGCAAAAUCAUUAAAGCCAUAUGCUGAACCACUGGACGAAAUAGCCCAAGAAGCAGUUGCAAGGAUGAAGUCUAUUCGAAAUGAAAACAACAUGAUUGAAAAUAAUCUUCUUGACGAAUUUAUGUCAUAUGUAUUAGAAUUUACGGGAAUAAUAGCACUCGGCCGUCGAUUUUAUGCUUUCGAUCCCAAUUUACGGGAAGGCUCUUUGACGCCAAUAUUACUUAGAAAUGUACAAGAUUUCUUCGCACUAUCAGAUAAACUAGAUUUUCAGCCUAACUUAUGGAGAUACUAUCCAAACAAGACAUUCAGGACAGCUAUGAAGUUCUUAGAGGAAGCUGAAAAGCUGAAUGUAAAACUACUAAGAACGGCUAUGGAAGAAUUAAAAAAGAACCCAAAGCCUGAAGAAAAAAAAGGUGUGUUAGAAAAAUUGGCGGAAAUAAAUGAGGAUGUAGCUUUAGCAUUUGCUGAUGACAUGUUUUUUGUAGGAGUUGAUACCUUAGCAAAUGGAAUGAUAUCCGUGUUAUAUUUGCUAGCGAACAAUCCUGAUAAACAAACUAAAUUAAGGGAAGAAUUAAUGUCAAAAGAAAGUAGACGACCGUAUUUACGCGCAUGUAUAAAAGAGGCGGCGCGAAUGAGACCUGUGGCGUUCGGAAAUUUAAGACUCACUACAACUGAGUAUAAUAUCUUCGGUUACGAAAUUCCUAAAGACACUAUGGUAUUGUUUUGUCACGAGCAUAUGUCUCUUAGAGAGGACCAGUAUCCUCAGCCAAAUCAGUUCAUUCCUGAACGUUGGCUGGUUGACAAAAACCAUCCACUGUACCAUGGAAACGCACAUCCUGCAGCCGCUGUGCAUUUUGGUUACGGAGCUCGGGGCUGCGUAGGUCGAAAAGCAGCCGAUAUGGAAAUGGAAAUACUUAUCAGCCGUGUUAUAGAAAACUUCAGGUUAGAAUGGCGCGGAAAGCCAAUGGCGGUGUACCAAAGCGUUUCCAAUCACAAUAUGGCGCCGUACAACUUUAUUUUUAACGAUGUUUGAUUUAUUAUUCAAGAAAAAAUUGACAUUGACUCUUUCGGCGGUUUGCAAAUUAUGACUGAACAUUGUUUUGGCACUCAGUUUUGCGCUCCUGUUAAUUUGAAAAUUCUAGACCAC